AUGGACCUGCAACUAAUUGGAAACUCCUACGGAGCUGCUGAAUACGCAGGAGCGUAUGUAAGCAAAGCAGAGCCAGAUACACUUCGAUUCAGGCGAGUGAUUGCAAAAGCUAUACAACGGAGUGACUCAAAUCUUCCCUAUCAUUCGAUUCUGAAGCGAGUAGCAAAUGCGACUCUCGCGGUUCGCGAGGUUGGUGCACCGGAAGCUAUAUACAUUCUCCUUCGCAAUCUAUCAAUGCAUAGUAAAUCCCGCUCAAUCACCAAAGUCAAGGCGAUGCCCUAUCGAGAAAGCGUACAUGAAUCGCCCGGACAAUGA